AUGUGGGUGGUUAUAACCCAGGCAGGCCUCAGCACCUCUUUCAUCCCAUCAAGCUUAGUCUCACUUGAAGAAUUUAGACAGAUGAUUCACUCAGACAAGGAUCAUGUCUACAAAGAGUUAGCAGUAAUCUUUGACAGCAUCUUUAAUGAUGAAAAAAUGUUGAGAGAUACAAUCACACAUCUGAAGAUGGAAUGGAACAAUGUCACUGACCAGAUCACUGUCAAGCAAAGUCAGAUUGAUGAGCUAAUUGCUGAAUGUGAUGAACUUAAUCACAUUCUGAUCUGCAUGACAACUGAUGAGGACACAGCACAUCACAUUGUGUCCUGUAUGGAAGAGAACCAUCUCAAGCAAUAUCAGACUGCAGAAGAGAUAUUUGAGCAUCUCAAGUCAAUAUAUGAGGAUGCUAACAAGCUGCAAAAUGUCAAGAGUGAUUAUCACAAGCUGAUUAUGUGCAAUGAGAACAAUUAUCAUGAAUUUGUCACAAAAUUCUUACAUCUGGCAGAUGAGGUCAAGAUUGUCAAAGAGAACUAUAAGACAGACUUCAAUGACAAGCUGUUCUUUGACCUUCAGAGGAUGAUGACAGUCUCUGACAGUCAAACUUCCCACAGCACCUCAGCCACAAAAUUCUCUAUCAUAAAGAAAGCCUUGAGUGCUCAUUCAGAUAUUCAGUGCUACUACUGCAAGGAGAAAGAUCACAUUGUCAGAAACUGCCCUGUGAAGCAGAAGUCUCAACAGGUGAUCACUGAGCUUACAGAGAAUGACACUUCUGAGCCUUCAGCAGAUUUGAGAAAAGAAGAGAUCAAACUGGACAAGAAGAUCAGACAGGAGCAUCAGACUCAGCUUUGCAGAUUGAAAGAGACCAGCUCAGUCAUGACAUCUAAGACAAGGCAGGGACUGACCUGGGAGGAGACAGCAUCACAGAUGAUGGAUAUGAACUUCAUUGAGACUGCUUCUUUCCACAGUUAUAUGAAGAACAAGAACUUGACAGUCUUCAUAACCAGUCUGUAUGAAAUUGAUAAACAGCUUGAGAAGAAGUGA